AAAGAAAAAAAACAUACCAGCGAGAGGGGGACGCCGAGCGUGCAAAGCGUCAAAGCUGGGGCUCCCGGGGACGCUCUCCCAGGAAUGACCCGCGCCACUCCGCAGACAGGCCCGGGGCGGGUGUCAGCGCUGUCCCGGGAGAAGGAGCCGCAGCAGCGACGGCAGGAGGAGGGGGAGGGAGGAAGUGAGCCACAGGGCAGGUGACACCGAGUUAGCGUCCCCGUCCCCGUCCCCAUCCCCAGUGUGCUUGGCAGCUUCCUUCUCGCCUGCUGCCCGCGGAGGCACGGCUGUGAGGGAAGAUAAAGGAGACGGGGACUCUAUAAAUACCCAGCGCGAGCGAGCGCGCGCGCCCCAGAGCGCUGCGAGCCCUGGCGAGGGACGGAGAGCGGCGCGGCGCUCAGCCUUUAGCAAGCAGCGAGCAUGCACGUGAAUGGCAAGGUGGCUCUGGUGACUGGCGCGGCGCAGGGCAUAGGCAGAGCCUUUGUCCAAGCGCUGCUGGAGGAGGGCGCGAAGGUGGCUCUCGUGGAUCGGAACCUCGAAGCCGGUGAGGAGAGCAAAGCUGCCCUGGAUGAGCAGUUUGAAGCUCAGAGGACUCUUUUCAUUCAGUGCGAUGUUACAGAUCAGGAGCAACUGCAAGGUGCUUUUAAAAAAACAGUUGAAUGUUUUGGAAGGCUGGAUGUUGUGGUUAAUAAUGCUGGAGUGAAUAAUGAAAAGGACUGGGAAAGCACUAUACAAAUUAAUUUGACUUCUGUGAUCAGAGGAACAUACAUUGGCCUGGAAUACAUGAGAAAAGGAAAUGGAGGGGUAAUUAUUAAUAUGUCAUCUCUGGCAGGACUCAUGCCCGCUGCACACCAACCAGUGUACUGUGCUACAAAGCAUGGAAUAAUUGGAUUCACACGGUCUAUAGCUAUGGCAGCUCAAAUGGGAAAUUAUGGCGUGCGACUAAAUGCAAUUUGUCCAGGUUUUGUUAACACACCAAUUCUUCAGUCUAUUGAUAAAGAAGAGAAUAUGGGACAAUAUUAUGAACACAAGGAUGAGAUCAAAGACAUGAUGAAGUUCUAUGGUGUUAUGGACCCAUCGCUAAUUGCGAAAGGACUGUUAAUGAUCAUUGAAGAUGAUGCUUUAAAUGGAGAGGUUAUGAAGAUUACAGCAUCCAAGGGGAUUCAUUUUCAAGAAUAUAGUGCACUUCCUUUUCAAUCAAGAAGGAUAUAAAUAUUAUUCUGUUAUCUUGUCUCUAAAUGAAUGUAAAAAUGUCUUUUAAACAAUUUUUUGAAAAAAGACAAAUGUUUGUGUCCCAAGAGUUACAUGAUUUGAACUCUUUAAUGAAAUAAUGUACAGUUGUGUAGUAAUAUGAUUUCUUACUUUGAUUUUAAAAGCUGCUGUUAAUAUUCUUUAUUUAGUAGAAUAAGCAUAUUGCUCAAAAGAUACUCAAUGAUGCAGUAAUAAGGGUCAGAUUCUGCCAAUUGGUAAUUAUAUGCUCGUUGCAGGCUGUUCCACUCCUGACCUAGUCUGGCACUGCAGGCAAUCCUUGCUUCAGUUGCCCUUCUGUCAGGACGCUUAGGAACAUCACAUAGCUCAAAAGGGCAUAAAACAAAAUUCCCUUACUGGGAUUCUUCUUUAUUAAAUACAAAUAAACUUGAAAUAGAUAAUCUUCCUUUGGCUUUAGAAGUCACACAGCCCUCCUCCUUGGGGCUUUUUCCCUUUCAGUCCUGGCCUCUCUGGCCUGUAGUCUCUCCCGUUGGGUUCAGGGUUGCACAGCCCUCCUCCUUGGGGCCUGUGUUUCUCUGGGAGCUUCUCCCCUCCCCACAAGACACCUUCUCUCUUUGUGAGCACCAUUGUGCAAUUGAGCCCUGGUGACCUUUAUAGGGCCCAGGUGCUGGUUAUUCAAUUAACUGCCUAGACAGGCUAUUACAUAUUGAUGUAAAAACAGUUACCAAAAAUAUAUUCUCACUUUGACUUCCAAUUUGUUUAAAAACUUAAAAGAAUCGAUGAUUGAACAGUAAAUGGCUAAAUAUUUGACAGCAAGAGGUGACUACAGGACAUCUGAUGAGAAUAAUGGUGCACUGCUGGCUCACAUGGUUACUCCAGAAUGCCAAAAGAACAGUACUUGCACAUCUUCCAGACAUUUUGCACUUCACAGCU